UGUUGCGGGGGGAAUCGUGGGAAUCGGGCAUUCCGAGCCGUUGUAAAACCUCCCCAGGUCUCGUUUCUCGCCGUUUUCUGCUCAGCAGCCGCCGGCCGGCAUGGUGAUCGAGGUUGUGGUGCCGCUGGACAGCUCCGGCUUGGCCCGGUUGCUGCGGGACCCGCAGGAAAACGGCCGCACGUUGGUGCUGGAUUGCCGGCCUUUCCUGGCUUACUGCCAGGCUCACCUGCUGGAUGCCCGGCCGGUGCAUUGGAACGGGCUGCUGCGGCGGAGAUCCCGGGGUCGGAGCGGCGUCAGUUUGGAGUGGCUGAUCCCGGAUCGGGCGCUCCUAGCUCGGCUUCGCAAAGGCGAGGUGGCUCAUUUGGUGGUGCUGGACGAAGCCGGCGGGUCCGUCUCGGCUCUGCGACCGGACAGCUUAGCCAGGCUGCUGCUCAACGCGCUGCUGCGGGAGGAGAGAGCCGGCACGUCGCACAUCUACCUGCUGCAAGGUGGCUUUGAACACUUCCAAGCCAACUUCCCAGAAUUGUGUGCGGUGGCACCACCUACCUUGGCGCCUUCCCCGGACUUGAGAAGCCCUGGAGACAAUAGCGCAGAAGUGGUGACACCCUUAUAUGACCAGGAUGGACCAGUGGAGAUCCUGCCCUUCCUUUACUUGGGUAGCUGUUACCAUUCUUCCAACCGAGAGGUGCUGGAGUCACUGGGCAUCACAGCGGUCCUUAACGUCUCUUCCAGUUGUCCCAACUACUUUGAAGGACACUUCCUGUACAAGAGCAUCCCGGUAGAAGACAAUCACAUGGCCGAUAUCAGCAUAUGGUUCCAGGAAGCCAUAGAUUUCAUUGACUCCGUGAAGGCCAGCGGUGGGCACGUGCUGGUACACUGCCAAGCGGGCAUCUCCCGCUCCGCCACCAUCUGCCUUGCCUACUUGAUCCAGAGCCGCCGGGUGCGGCUGGAGGAAGCCUUCGAUUUCGUCAAGCAGCGCCGCGGGGUCAUCUCGCCCAAUUUCGGCUUCAUGGGGCAGCUCCUGCAGUUCGAGACCGAGGUGCUGUGCCAUUAGCCUGCCGCUCCAUGUUGCUCUGCGGAGAAGGAGGAGGCCAAGAGGAGGCUUCUUACGGACCACAGAUUUGGCGGGUGGGUGGUGGGGUUUCUGUUUACAUCCCAGAUGGGGAAGGGAGGGGGAGCUAUGCGCUGGGCACUGGCCUCCCUCUUUUUUCUUCUCUUGUACUCAUUGGUAGCAAGGAAUUCCCAAAGCGGGAGGGGGACUUGCCUUCCUCCACCCACCCACCCAGGUCGGACUUCUCCUCCGCCGUGUGAAAUUGCCCACGGUGGCUUAUUGCAUGACUAUGAAAACAAAAAGCAAAUAAGCUGGAAACGAAGAGAAAUAAAUGUGAGAUGAGGAGCUUUGGCACCAUUAGCAAGGAACCUCUCGGCCUUCCCCCUCCCUCGGGACAAACUGUCUGUUUGCGUCAUCCCCCUCAUCGAGUUAUUUAUUUGUAUGUUGUAUGUUGUCCGCGUGGCUCCCACUGACUGCUAGUUUGGAUGCGUUGCAUAAAUCAACUCAGCCAGAGUAACGGGUGAUCCUCGACGUAGAACCACCAUUGAGCCGGACGUUGAGGGUGCCAAGUGGGAGGUAUGGGUUGAGUGAGUUCCCUCCCCCCUCAUUUUACGACUGUUCUUGCCACAUUUGUUAAGCGAAUCACGGCAGUUGUUUAACUAGCAACCCGGUCGUUAAGCGAAUUUGGGUGUCCCCAUUGAAACUUUGCUGCUCACAAGGUCCUCAAAGAAGAUCACUUGAUCCCCUACCCCACCCCCCGCCAGGGACACAACCACCAUCAUAAAUGUCAAGCAUCCAAAUGCCAAUCAUGUGACCCUGGGGGAUACUGCAAGUGUGAAAAACGGCCAGACUUUUUAAGUCACUUUUUCCAGCACUGUUAUAACUCCGAACCAUCACCAAAUGAACUGUCUUAAGUCAAGGACUACCUGUACCUCCCUUUGCGUCCUCCAAAAUUGGACACGGGGCCGUUCUUUCGAGCCCAGGUGACUAAACGCUUGGGUGUCUUGGAGGACUUCAAGUUAUAGACUGAAAUCACCACAUUUUUUAAAAAAAAUUAAAAAGUCAUGUAUUAAAAUAACAGUUUAAAAAAAUAAGAGGUUCAGAUUGCUUAAUAGUCUUAUACAUUGGAUAGUGGGAGCAGGUUCAGGCUGAUGGACAGCCGAGUUUAUUCCUUGCCCAAAAGCCAGCGACCUUGCCAUGGUCAUCAGUUGCCAUGGGUGGACCGUUACGUUGAGUAGAGUAAUAUGAACUUGCAAAUGUCCCUUUUCAAAGUAACGUUGAUAUGUUCCUUUUUUUCCCAUGACUUCAAUGCCCGAAAGUUCAUUUGUGCUAAAGUUG